GAGCUGGGAAGCAAGAAGCCGGGAGCGCGGGGCUCAGUCGGGGGGCGGCGGCGGCGGCGGCUCCGGGGAUGGCGGCGGCUCCGCUGCUGCUGCUGCUGCUGCUUGUGCCCGUGCCGCUGCUGCCGCUGCUGGCCCAGGGGCCCGGGGGGGCGCUGGGAAACCGGCAUGCGGUGUACUGGAACACUUCCUUUCCCCACAGCCUGCGGCGAGAGGGCUACACGGUGCAGGUGAAUGUGAACGAUUAUCUGGAUAUUUACUGCCCGCACUACAACAGCUCAGGGGUGGGCCCCGGGGCGGGGCCAGGGCCCGGAGGCGGGGCGGAGCAGUACGUACUGUAUAUGGUGAGCCGGGCGGGCUACCGCACCUGCAACGCCAGCCAAGGCUUCAAGCGCUGGGAGUGCAACCGACCGCACGCCCCCCACAGCCCCAUCAAGUUCUCGGAGAAGUUCCAGCGCUACAGCGCCUUUUCUCUGGGCUACGAGUUCCAUGCGGGCCACGAGUACUACUACAUCUCCACGCCCACCCACAACCUGCACUGGAAGUGUCUGAGGAUGAAGGUGUUCGUCUGCUGCGCCUCCACAUCGCACUCCGGGGAGAAGCCGGUCCCCACUCUCCCCCAGUUCACCAUGGGCCCUAAUGUGAAGAUCAACGUGCUGGAAGACUUUGAGGGAGAGAACCCCCAGGUGCCCAAGCUUGAGAAGAGCAUCAGCGGGACCAGCCCCAAGCGGGAACACCUGCCCCUGGCGGUGGGCAUCGCCUUCUUCCUUAUGACACUCUUGGCCUCCUAGCUCUGCCCCUUCCCAUAACAGGGAGAGAUGGGGCGAGGCUGGGACAGAGCUGGGAGCAUUUGGCCUCUCCAAGGGAAGCCUAGUCGUGGGCUCUAGACCCCUCCUCCGAUGGCUUGAAGUGGGGUCUGCACCAUACAUCUGUGCCCGCCCCUUCUGCCCCCUCCCCCUCGUAGGGCACUGCAGUGGACCGGGUGCAGGGACAGCCACGGGUCCCAGGUGGCCUUGUGGCUCUGGUAAUGUUUGGUACCAAACCGGGGGGCCAUAAAGGGUAGUGCUCAGGACUGCCUGCCCCCUGGUACCUUUCUCUGACCCCUGGUGCCCUCCUCCUUUGUCCCCCCAGAGAGACAGAUGUGCCCCAGAGAGAGCAAAUCGAAGCGUGGGAGACACCCUCAUCACUCUCUUCCAGGGGCAGAACAUGGGGAGGGGACUAGAUGGGUGAGGGGGUGGCACCGUCCGCUGCCCCCUUCCCCUGUUUACAGCAAUAAGCACGUCCUCCUCCCCCCACUCCCACUCCCAGGAUUGUGCUUUGGAUUGAAUCCAAGUUUACAAGUUAGACACCCCUGGGGGGGGUGGGCAGUGGACAAGGGUGACAAGGGGUGGGCAUUGGGGUGCCAGGCAGGCAUGUACAGACUCUAUAUCUCUAUAUAUAAUGUACAGACGGACAGAGUCCCUCCCCCUCCUUAACCUCCUGACCUUCCUUGACUUCCCCUUCCAGCUUCAGACCCCUUCCCCACCAGGCUAGGCCCCCCCCACUGGGGGACCCCCUGGCCCCUUUUGUCUUCUGUGAAGACAGGACCUAUGCAACGCACAGACACUUUUGGAGACCGUGAGACAACAACGUCCCCUCCCCUCCAGCCCUGAGCCGGGACUCAACUCCCAAGACCCUGCCCUGCCCAUCCUCUGUGGUCCCCACCCAUCCUCCUGGGCCUUUUUCAAGUGCUUUGGCUGUGACUUUCAUACUCUGCUCUUAGUCUAAAAAAAUAAACUGGAGAUAAAAAUAA